AUGCAAGGCAUCGGCAGGCGAGAUCCGGGCUCCAAGCCCGGCGAGGCGGUGCUGUCGUGCUCGUUCAAUCAGGAUAGGAGCUGCCUCGCGGUGGCGACCCGGCGCGGGUUCAAGAUCUACAGCUGCGACACCGGCACGUGCGUCUACGACGACAGCAUGGGCGCGGUUCGCAUCGUCGAGAUGCUCUUCUGCACCUCCCUGCUCGUCGUCGUCGGCGCGGGCGAUACCCCCGAGCUGUCGCCCCGCAGGCUCAAGGUGCUGAACACCUCCAACCACACCUGCAUCGCCGACCUCACCUUCGUCAGCUCGGUCCUCGCCGUGCGCCUCAACCGCGCGAGGCUCGUCGUCGUCGAGGAGCGCCGCGCGGUGGUCCACGACCUCUCCACCCUCUGCGUCCAGCGAACCAUCGACACCGUCCCGAACCCGCGCGGCGUCUGCGCGCUCUCCCACGACGAGGACUCCUCCCUCCUCGCCCUCCCAGCGCACACCCACGCCGGCGCCGUCGUGAUUCACGACUGCGUCAACCUCCACGUCGUGUGCGAACUCCAGUGCCACAACUCCCCACUCGCCGCCUGCGCGCUGACCCGCGACGGCGCCAUGCUCGCCACGGCGUCCGCGAAAGGUACCGUCAUCCGCGUGCACUGCCUCCCGCACGGCACGAAGCUCUGGUCCUUUCGGCGGGGGGUCGUCAACGCAAACGUUCGGUCGCUGUGCUUUGGCGCAGAGUCGACGAUGGACGAACCGGACCCGGGCGCGAAGCUCCUGGCGGCGAGCUCCGAGAAGGGGACCGUGCACGUGUGGCGCAUAG